UAGGGUUUUUGCAGACACACAUUAAUUAGUAACACCAAUAACAUCAUCACAAAAGAAAAUAGAGAAAAUAUAUAAAUGCAAUAAUGGGAGAUGGGCCAAAGUUGCAGGUGGUGGGAGAUAACAUAUGACAAUGUCUCCAAAUUAAGAGGCACCACCACACAUACACACUCUAUCUUUCUCUCUCUAGUAGUAGUAGGUUUGUGUUUUCUUUUAUAAAAUCGAUAUUUUCUUGGAUUUUCAUGUGAAAUUAAACUUGAUGGAUGAAAGGAAACAGAUGCACACACGUCACCACCACCACCACCAUUUCUAUUUCUCCCUCUUCUUCAAUAUCAAUCUCAUCUUGCACUCUAGUCUUUGCUGAAACAAGUCAGAUUUUUACAAUGGAGCAUGGAGGAAACUGCAAUGCAAUUACUUCCACAACAAUAACCUUAAAAGCAAAACCAAAUACCAACCCGGAUCCGAAAACCAAACCCGGUUCAGAUUCAUUCUUGAUCAAGAAAGAAAACCAAAAACCAAGGACGCGUUCCAACCAAGCAGCCAAGUACGAGGAGUGUCAGAAGAACCACGCGGCCUUAACCGGAGGACACGUGGUGGAUGGAUGCUGCGAGUUCAUGCCCGGAGGAGAAGAGGGCACUUCAGGUGCACUAAAAUGCGCAGCCUGCAAUUGCCACCGGAGUUUCCACCGGAAGGAAGUGUACGGACAUAGAAACAGUACACAAGAAGAGCUGAUAUCUCCGACGUUUUACCGUAGUGGCAACUCGUACAAGGCGAUCCAGCCACGUGGAGUGUAUCCGACGGGUGAGAUUGGACGGAGGACAUCAUCGUCGAGCGAGGAUAUGAAGAAGAUAUUGAACCAAAAUAGUGAUGGAAAAGGUUUGAUGAUGAUUACGAGGAAGAAGAAGAGGGUUAGGACAAAGAUUAAUGAAGGACAAAAGAAGAAGAUGAAGGAGUUUGCAGAGAGGCUAGGGUGGAGUAUUCAAAAGAAAGAUGAAGAAGAGAUUGAUAAGUUUUGUAGGACGGUGAAUCUGAGGAGACAGGUAUUCAAAGUGUGGAUGCAUAAUAACAAGCAAGCAAUGAAGAGGAAUGGUAACAUUUGUGAUCUGCAAAAUUAAUAAAUCCUGUUUUAUUUUUUGCAUUAAAAUUGCUUUGAAUAUGAAAUCGUGACUAGAUUAUAGGAUUGUAGGUGCAAAUCUUGAAACCAGAAGCGUCUACCUAUGCUAUGAUUUAUUGUCUCAAUGUGCUAUUUUCUUAAAAAUUAGUUCGUGUGUGUGGUUACAAUGAAUUGAUAAAGUUUGUACCUAAAA